CACUGUGCGGCAGCUACCUCCUCGCGCGCUCUCUCUGCCGGGUCCGAUUGGCUGCUAUCUCUGCCCAUCAGGCUGCCGCUGAUUGGACGGCUCCUCUCCUCCGCCGGCUGCAGCGAGACGCCGCCGAGCAGAGGAGGCAUCCGCACGGCGUGGAGCGGACGGAGCCCCCGCGUGCAGGAGAAGCUGAGCCAGCUGGACACGGAGAAAAACACGGAGUUGGUAUGAAGAGAAAGAGCCCAUAUUGCAUUGGAUGAGAGCCAGCUGUGUCAGAUGCUGUCAAAGAGAGCUGAAAGCAUCCCUGCGAGCUGCGAUGGGACACAGUAAGGCCGUGGCCAUGAUAAGAAAUCUCUGCAGUGCUCCUUUUCAAUCACAAUACCAACACUAGAUGAUAGAGAACUCCAUUAUCUAGAAUUAAUGUCAUCUAUGUUGCGGAGGCAGCUUUAAGCUGCACCGCCAGAUCUAGGACAACCCAUGGAGGCAUGGCCUCAACGUUUCCAACGCUGCUGCCACUGAUAAUGCCAGCCAAGUGAACAGCGAUGCCUUCUAAGGUCUCCUGCUUAUACUUGCUGACAGUGGUUUGCUGGGCCAGCGCUCUGUGGUACCUGAGUGUGUCCCGCCCCUCCACUUCCUACGUGGGCCAGAUGAAUAUGCCUAUCCGCAAGUCGCCCAAGGUGAACAAAAACUCCACCUUCAGCAACAUCCGCACACGCUCGCUCAACCCACAUGACUUCGGCUACAUCAUCAAUGAGGCCAAGAAGUGCGAGGCGGAGCCUCCCUUCCUCGUCAUCCUGAUCAGCACCACCCACAAGGAAUUUGACGCCCGUCAGGCCAUCCGAGAGACAUGGGGUGACGAGAGCACAUUCCCGGACGUGCGUGUGGUCACGCUCUUCUUGUUGGGUCUCAGCACAGAUACUGUCCUCAACCAGAUGGUGGAGCAGGAGAGCCAGAUAUUUCAUGACAUAGUAGUGGAGGAUUUUAUUGACUCUUACCACAACCUGACGCUUAAGACGCUGAUGGGCAUGCGCUGGAUGGCCACCUUUUGCUCCAAAGCUCAAUAUGUCCUCAAGACAGACAGUGACAUCUUUGUCAACAUGGAGAACCUCAUCUACAACCUCCUGAAGCCCACCACCAAGCCCAGGAGAAGGUAUUUCACUGGCUACGUCAUCAACGGUGGGCCAAUCAGAGACAUGCGCAGCAAGUGGUACAUGCCCAGGGAUCUGUACCCAGAGAGCAAAUACCCCCCCUUCUGCUCCGGCACCGGCUACGUCUUCUCGGCAGACGUGGCUGAGCUCAUAUACAAGACCUCAUUACACACCAGGCUGCUGCACCUGGAGGACGUGUACGUCGGCGUGUGCCUCCGUAAGCUGGGCAUCCACCCCUUCCAGAACAGUGGCUUCAACCACUGGAAGAUGGCCUACAGCCUGUGCCGCUACCGCCGGGUGGUCACCGUCCACCAGAUCUCCCCAGAGGAGAUGCACCGCAUCUGGAACGACAUGACCAGCAAGAAACACCUUAAAUGUUAGCAGGACUAUGAGCACUAGCACCAGUGGGUGGGUCAUGGAGGAAAUGAAUGUCCUCUUAUCUGCUUUUCCAUCAUUGACAUUGGCAAAUACUGUGCGGAACGUAGCACUGAGCUGAAAGAACAGUAUUGACAGGCUCUUGGGCUUUGUACAACCGCUGAUUGCUUUCCCGGGAGCCUCUUUAGUGCAAGGCCAAAGCAAACUGUGUUAUUCCUCGUUCUCCCUCACAUCAAGGUGUGUUUGAGUGCUUUUAAGCUCACAGACACACAAAUUAAGCACAAAGUUGGAAAUGUUUUCCAAAAAUGUGCAAAAUGUUCAGGCGGCUGGUUGUCUUUGCUGACAGCACCAUGCAGAUUUUUAUAGGAAAAUACAAGACAGGAAGCUUAGCGGUGUGCUAAACUACUCAUUUAUACAAGACACAAACUGUCCCUGAGAUUGAAUAAACAACAACACACUUCUGUUAGCCCAGACAUUCGCCUCUUGGGUUUGAUCAAAGUUCUAAUUAUGAAUGUUCCUCAUGUAUUUUCAGUUGUUGUCCUUUCUGAACAAGGUGUUAAUGUUGGAUGUACUGUCUGGCACUGCAGCAGCUGUUAUCAUCAGGAGGACCGUGGUGAGUUUACUGUGUAAUGACUUAUUUAAAUAGACUGAAACAAAAGUACCAUGUUGCUCUUACUCUAGAGCAGCGGCGGAUCAGUAUUACCGACCAGACCUGUUUGCCUCUGUAAGUUGUAAAAUAUUCUUUUCAGAAUCAGACAUAUUUUCUUACAACAGAUCCACAGAUCUUUGAAUCAUGCAUCAAGAAAAAAAAAACAAAAAAAACACAUCCUUUUCUUCAAAAAGUAUCCAGACAGUGUGAAGAUAUCGACUGCUUGCAUUCCCAAGUGAAUGUUACUUCUGUUAAUGUGUAAUGUGCAGUUAUUUGUCUCAGGCAGUGCUGUGAGCACGCUGCAGACUAUUAUAUUUUCUAUUACUUGAACAUGAAGGAGAACAGAUGUACCGAAGUGUGUUCUGAGGACAAAUAUUACAUUUUUGAGUGCUUUCUUUUCAAUGACUUGAGAUUAAAUAAACUGCUUUUAUAAGA